GUUGUUAUUGUCUCGCGAUAUCUGUAUUAGUAUAAAAUUUAUUGCAGCGCCAGUAGUGUCAGUGAUCUGAAGUUUGUGUGGGUUAUUUGCUGGUUAAACUUUUACAGGAGUACAUCAUGUCUUCAGGGAAAGCUCAUAUAGGAAAACCUGCUCCAGACUUCCAGGUCACAGCUCUGAUGCCAGAUGGACAGUUCAAGGAACUCAAGCUCUCUGAUUACAGGGGGAAGUAUGUUGUGUUAUUUUUCUAUCCUCUGGAUUUCACAUUCGUCUGCCCAACUGAGAUAGUUGCUUUCAGUGAUCGUGCAGAAGAGUUCAGAAAGAUAAAAUGUGAAGUGAUUGGGGCAUCUGUCGAUUCACAGUUCUGCCACUUAGCAUGGACCAAAUCUCCUAGGAAACAAGGAGGACUGGGUGAGAUAAAUAUUCCUUUGGUGGCAGAUGUAAAGCGCACAAUUGCUAAAGAUUAUGGUGUCCUUAAAGAAGAUGAUGGAAUUUCUUACAGAGGUUUGUUUGUAAUUGAUGACAAGGGUAUACUUCGUCAGAUAACCAUUAAUGAUCUUCCUGUUGGGCGCUCUGUUGAUGAAACAUUAAGACUGGUGCAAGCCUUCCAAUUCACAGAUAAGCAUGGAGAAGUGUGCCCAGCAGGCUGGAAACCUGGAAGUGACACAAUCAAACCAGAUGUCAAGAGCAGCAAAGAAUUUUUUGCAAAGCAGUAGUUUGGCAUUAUGGACAUUUGUGUGAAGAAAUAGUGGACUUGAAUAUUUCUGUAGUGCACUGAUCCAAGCCUUUUUGAGGUUGGAGCAAUCUUCUGGCUAUAUCUAGAGUAAAACUGGCACUUAAACUAUUA